CGCUGCGCGCUCACCAUGGCGGGCCCGGCGCCCGGGUGGCGGCUGCGGCCGCUGGCAGCGCUGGCCCUGGUCCUGGCGCUGGCCCCGGGGCUGCCCGCAGCCCAGGCUGGGCAGGCGCCGCGCCCCGCCGAGCGGGGGCCCCCGGUGCGGCUCUUCACCGAGGAGGAGCUGGCUCGCUACGGCGGGGAGGAGGAAGAUCAACCUAUCUACUUGGCAGUGAAGGGGGUGGUGUUUGAUGUCACUUCUGGAAAGGAGUUUUAUGGACGAGGAGCCCCCUACAAUGCCUUGACUGGGAAGGACUCCACCAGAGGAGUGGCCAAGAUGUCCCUGGAUCCUGCAGACCUCACCCAUGAUAUCACGGGCCUCACAGCCAAGGAGCUGGAAUCCCUGGACGAUGUAUUCACCAGGGUGUACAAGGCCAAAUACCCCAUCGUUGGCUACACAGCCCGGAGAAUUCUCAAUGAGGACGGUAGCCCCAACCUGGACUUCAAGCCUGAAGAUCAGCCCCAUUUUGACAUAAAGGAUGAGUUCUGAUGUUCCACCUGCAGGAGGAGGUUCUUGGAAGAGUGAGCUGGGGAACAGGUGCUCACUCUCCUACAAAAUAGGCUGCCUGAAGCCUCUGAGUCACCUGGAUCUGAAUAAAGCAGAAAUGAACUUGGAAGAA